CUCCCGAAUUAAUUAUAAUUUAUAAUAAUUUCAGUAGUGUAGUGUCAAAAUGUUGAAACUUUUCGAGAAUCCGUUAGUCCGACAGUAUUUAAUUGUUUUUUCAGUUAACAUGAACCUGCUCGCGACGGGGCUCCAUUUGGGAUGGACGUCACCAGUCCUCGUCUACCUCGCUGAUGAAGAGCAGUCCGUUCUACCAGAACCCCUCUCAGACAGCGAUGGUUCCUGGGUAGCUUCCGUCGGAUUAUUAAGCUCUAUAUUUACGAAUCUCUUUAUUAUUGCACCUAUGGUGGAUUUACUUGGGAGAAAGUACAGUAUAAUCGUGUUGUCUCUACCGAAGCUGGCUGGAGGCUUUCUCUACCUAUUCGCCAAUCAAGUCUGGAUGUUGUUCGCUGGCAGGCUCGUGGUAACCGCUGGGGAUGCAGCUAUGUUCUCUAUUAUACCUGUGUAUGCAGCUGAAGUUGCCAGUACCCAAAUCCGUGGCAGCAUAGGGACUAUUCUCCACUUCAUGUGCUCCCUCGGUGUCGUGAUGAUGCUGUCAGCCGGACCCUUCCUCUCAUACGUCAAUAUUAACAUCAUGAUGAUCACCGUUACUGCUGCCGCCAUUGCACCUUUAUUCUUCUUGCCUGAGAGUCCAUACUUCUUAUACGCGAAAGGCAAGAAAGAAGAAUCUAGAAAGGUACUAAUAUUCUUACGAGGUUCAGAAGAAGCGGCAAACGAGGACAUUCAAGAAUAUGAAAGAGCAGCAGAGAAAGGAGAAGAGAAGAAAAUUGACAUUAUUAAGAACAAAAAUUUCCAGAAAUCUCUAAUCCUUGCUCUAUUCUUAUCAUUUGCAAACAUGCUGGUUGGUUUCAACGCCGUCCAGUUUUACCUGCAAACGAUUUUGGCAUCUACCGACACGUCUUUAAGGGAUGAAUUUGGAUCAAUCAUCGUUGGUGUGAUUCAACUAGCUGGCAGCAUCUUCACUUCAUUGAUAAGCGACCGAUUUGGAAGGAAACCUAUUUUUAUUGUUACUAGUGUUGGAAUGUCGUUGGGAUUGUUUGGCCUGGGAUUGUUCUUCUUCCUUACUGAAGGCGGCGCUACAUCAAACUUCUUGAACUACUUGCCUCUGAUCUCUCUGGUUCUAUUUGUCUUCAGUAACAGUUCAGGUGUCGGCGCUCUCAUCUGGGUAGUACUUUCGGAACUUUUUGAUGACAAAUCGAGGGGUAUGGGAAUGUCUGCUUCCUUGCUGGUAUCAAACGUGAUUGGUUUCUUAACCGUUAGAUUCUUCCCCCAAGUGGCCACAGCCAUUGGACCUACGAUCACGUACUGGAUCUUCAGCGUGAACAGCCUUAUUUUAUGUCUGUUCGUAUUCUUCUUUAUACCAGAAACUAAAGGCAAGACUUUUGCUGAGAUACAAGACUUGAUCUCUAACAAGAAAGUUAGUAAGAAGCCUGUAAAUGAGAAAGAAGAUUGCUGAUAGAAUAGUUGCCUUUAAUAAGGGUUUUUGUAUGAAAUAAUUUAUCAAAGUAUAAGUGUUUAUAAAGAUCUUAAUAUUGCAAAUUGUAUCGACUUCAAGGGUGAUCCGCAAGAGUAUACAAUGUUUCAACAAAGCAAAAAAUAAAAUAUUUGCUAAAGUGGUCAAUUAUGCUCUGCUACUAAUAGCAAUAUAAUAUUAGCUUUUUUUUACUAUCAUGUUCUGCUGCCUCAUCAGUCCUGGCGUUAAAGGAGGAGGAGGAGUCAUCCAGGGUCUGGAGUCUCUUGUCCUCCAUGGUAUAUACAUAAUUUUAUUUGGAUCACAAAAAAAAAUACUCGAAAAUACUUUUGCCUGGGUUGUAUUUAACCCUGACGCCGGCAGUGUGGAUAAAACUAUAUAUAUUAAUAAAACCUUAUGUUUAUAAUAAGUUUGAUAUUCUUAUAAUUAUGUGUUUCUCCAAUAGUGAGAUUAAAUAAAUUAAGUUAUCAAUUAAUCAAUCAGUAUAAAUUAGAUUUUAAUCGUGAAGUUGCCAUAUUUGUUACUAUGUUAAUAAUUCUAGAUUAAGUUUUCUUCUAGUUUUAAACGACGGUAUUAAAUAAAUUAAACAUUAUUAACCAAUUA